AGGUCGCACAAACCGGUAGGGCCUACUGCUUUUCAAUCCGACACCUUUAUAGAUAUAUAGGCCAUAUCGAUGUACAUCUGAAAAGAUCAAGGCUCUAGUCAACAGCAGAAUUAACUAAAUCAUCUGGGACAGUUAGCGAUCUUGUUUUGCUGUGCAGUAAUCCGGCUGUCAUAAGACCUAAGGAAACCUUUUGGUGGUGUUGUAUUAAAGUUCUACGGACAGGUUUACAUUUGCUCCAGAUAUCCGAAAUUAAUGAGUAAAGAAAAUGGCUGAUUCCAAUCUGUUCACAGUUUUACCGGGUGGAAAGAAGUACCCUCUUCUUGGACUCGGGACAUGGCAGUCGGAGUCGGGGAAGGUGCGUCACGCCGUCGAGACGGCCAUCGCAUGCGGAUACCGUCACAUCGAUGCAGCGUACGCCUACGCCAACGAGAAGGAGGUCGGUGACGCAAUCAAAGCCAAGAUCGACGACGGGACCAUCAAGAGAGAAGAUAUCUUCGUCACCACAAAGUUGUGGAUAACAGAAACUCACCCUGGUAGGAUCGAGCCAUGUUGCCGCGAAUCUCUUCAGAAUCUUGGACUCGACUAUGCUGAUCUUUAUCUUAUUCACUAUCCGGUGUCUCUCGUGAAUGACAAAGGCAGUUUUCCUUUAGGUGAAGAUGGAAUGUUGAUCGGGGAUGAUUCUAUUGAUUAUAUUGAUGUGUGGAAGGGCAUGGAAUCUUUAGUCGACAAGGGGUUGGUUCGCGCCAUCGGAGUGAGUAAUUUUAACACAUCACAGAUGCAGCGCAUCCUCGAUCUUCCACCCAAACACCCAGUUGCCAAUUUGCAGGUCGAGUGUCACCCGUUGCUGGCACAGAAUGAGCUGAUUGAGUUAUGUAAGAAACAUGGUAUCACUGUGACGGCCUACAGUCCACUAGGUUCACCGGAGCGACCAGGAGACAAAUCCACGGAACCCGUAUUGAUGGAAGACCCUGUUGUCUGUGCUAUCGCUAAGAAGAGGGGCGUGUCCUCCGCCCAGGUGCUAAUCAGAUACCAGCUCCAGAGGGGCGUGGUCGUUGUUCCAAAGAGUGUGACGCCAUCAAGAAUCCAGCAGAAUUUUGAGGCCUUACACUUUGAGUUGAGUAAGGAAGAGAUGCAGGAACUCAUUGACCUGAACAGAGAUCACAGAUUGCUCGACUUUCCCAUGGGAAAGAGGCUGAAAUACUACCCAUUUGGCAAUCAAAACUAACCAAAUUGGUUUGCACCCAUCAUCCUUCCAAAUAAAAGCGUGGAGAAGCCAAUCAACGAGAUGCGGAUUGGAUGUGAUAGAGGACAACAAUUCCAGCAACUUUGAAUUCAGUCCGAGUCCUUUUGCACAUCACUUAAAAUAAUUAUGCACAUUUCAUCAUCUCAAAUUGAACGAUGAUUUCAUUAACACCACUGAUGUAUGAUGUUAUCCGUGAUUUUGUAUCUGAAAAAGAUUUAUUUCAACAACAACAAAAAUUAACACCAUUGCAACUACUUUAUAGACAUCAACGUUUGUCUAUUACCUUUCCACAUGUGCGAACAUUAUACUGACGUAUUGCGUAAUCAGAACAUGACGAUUUAUAUCAUGUCUAUAUGCAAUACAGUAGAUUAUUAAAAUUGCCUUUAAAGAUGAAGUUGAGUACUGGUCAUGAGAUUGCAUUGUGAA